GGUGGGUUGCACUUUCAUUGGAGCUGAUAUGGUACUUUUUUACCGUUGCUUGAGGACUAACAAACAACGUCCUGAAUCUGACCUGCUGUUGGACUUUAAGCGCUUAAUGAGAAUCAGUAAGAAGUAAAAUCACCGGGGCUCUUGCUGUCCGUCCUCGUCAGAGAAAAAGACACACACACACACACACACACACACGUACAGAGACUGAUGCGGGAUUCGCAGCGUGAGUCUGUCCGGAGAGACUCUGCCUGGAUUCUUACCCGACAUGGUGGCUUAACGUUUGAGUGAUACGGAGACCAUCCGGUAAAUUCCUGACAGGAGGAAUGAAUGAUUUCACGCGGGACGCGCGUGAGUGAAAACGCUCGCGUAACUGUUGCUGUGAACGGACGUCUGCAGGAAAAUGAGGAGAGGAAAUAACUGAAAUAAACUGCGUGGGUUAGCAGUAGGCAGUAACUGAAGAUGAGGAGGAGCUGGUGGCGAUCGGCCUGUCUGGGUUUGACGAUUGGCUUGCUUGUUAUCAUCACCCAAAUCUUGGCUCAAAACACCGAGGACUGGCACUAUGAGGAGUGUAAGUUGUCACGGUCAGGUCCACCUGCCACUAUUGUCACCAUUGAUGAGGAAAGUCCAAAUGGUACCGUUCUAGUGGAAAAAAUGCAGAUCAAUGGUCGUGCUCAGGAUCCAGAUAGAACCAUCUCCUUGACACUGCUGGACAACUAUGAUUACUGGGUUAUCCUUGACCCCGCACUGCAGAGACUGUAUCUCAACAGCACCGGCCGAGUGCUGGACCGAGACCCGCCCAGUUACAUCACCACCAUUGUGGUAAGGAUUCAGUGCACCAAUGAGCUGGUGGGAACGGUUAUUCUGCACGAAGUACGGAUAGUGGUGAGGGACAGAAAUGACAACGCGCCUCGUUUCCAACAGAGUGGUUACUAUGUAUCAGUUAAUGAGCUCACUCCUGUCGGUACCACCAUCUUUACCGGCUUCUCAGGAAACAAUGGAGCCACGGAUAUCGAUGACGGACCAAACGGACAGAUUGAAUAUGCCAUUCAGUACAACCCAAAUGACCCGAUGUCAAACAGGACCGUGCAGGUUGCUGGGACUCUGUCUGGUAACAUUGUUUUGGCAGAGCGGCUGAACUAUGAGGAGAGAACUCGCUAUAUAAUUAUAGUCCAGGCCAAUGACCGGGCUCCGUUUCCAGGAAGUCGUCGCACAGCAACCACUACUCUAACUCUGGAUGUUUCAGAUGGAGAUGAUCUAGGCCCCAUGUUCCUCCCGUGUGUUCUGGUCAACAACACACAGGACUGUACCCCCAUCACAUACCGCGUGGCUAUUCCUGAACUCACUGACCUGAGUAAAGUGAACCCUCUGAAUGUGACUCCUCCCAUUCGAGCCAUAGACCAGGACAGAAACAUCCAGCCGCCCUCGGACAGACCCCGAAUCCUGUACUUCAUACUGGUUGGUCAACCUCCUGCAUACACAGAAUUCUUCUCCCUCAACAGGAGCACAGCUGAGCUGCGUCUGCUGAAGCCUGUGGACAGAGAGCUUUACCAGCGCUUCUCUCUCAUCAUUAAGGCCGAGCAGGAUAACGGUCACCCUCUUCCUGCCUAUGCUGAACUGCUGAUUGAAAUUUUGGACGAGAACAACCAGGCACCAUAUUUUCAGCGGCCCUCGUACCAGGGCUUCAUCAGUGAGUCAGCCUCGGUUGGCACCACCAUCUCGGGGAGCUCCAACCUCACGGCUCCGCUGGGCAUCAUAGCACUGGACAAUGACAUUGAAGAGACAAAAGAUCCUCAGUUGAAGAUCACCCUGAAUGGCUACACCUCCAUCUUCACAAUCUCGCCCACUGGCAUCACACGUUACCUCACCCUGUUGACACCAGUGGACCGUGAGAUGCAGACGAAUUACACUUUAACGCUCGUGGCAUCUGAUGGUGUUCAACAGAGCAGACCUGUGACAGUGGACAUCCUGGUCAUCGAUGCGAAUGACAACACGCCCACCUUCAGUCAGGUGUCCUACAAUGUGGAGAUCUUCACUAAUAUGCUACCUGGAGAGACCGUCCUGCAGGUGAGGACACAGGACAUCAGUAAAACUGAGAAGCCAUGAGAACUUAUGAGGAGCCAUUUAUGAAUCAC